AUGUCUUCUUCAUUAGAAUCUUCAAGCUCACCCUCCAACUCGAAGUCAAUGCGUGGCAAGACUGCAUUGAACAUUCGCGAUGAAGCGGGUGCCGGUAGUCAUGGAGUUAUUGAAGUGGAGACGGAGAAGAGUAAAUCAUGGUCGCGGGCUUUUCAGCAGCCGAACACAAAACGCAAAAGCAUAAAGAACGACAAUUCUUGUGCUCAGCCCAUGGGCCUCAGUGCCAUUUGGAAUGGUUAUGUUACAGAUCCUACACAGAUGAUCCGGGGGCUAAGUCCCCUGCACGAUAGCGGAACCGGCUCGUCGCUCGGCACAUACGGAAACUUCGAGAUAAUGCCUAUGAUGUGCUCUGGAGGAUUCAAUACUUGCGCUACUAUGCUUAGCGAUAGGGAGACCUUUCGCAAAAAUAACACAGACGGGGCAGACCGUCGGUCAGCCGUCUUGACAGCUCUUGCAGGGUGUACCAAUGACGAGCUUGCUCUUCUCAUCGAUCUGAUGCUGCGACCACUCACAGAGGCACAAGGCUUGAAGCAAAGAGGAGCUAUCAUACAACGAACGUCGACCGAAGCCUUAUAUCGACAGUUAGUCCACCAGCUAAACUGCUUACACAUGCGUGUAUCCUCCUCGGCCUUGCCGGCGCCUCUUUCCUCUGUUUCUUUGAUCUCCGCACCCUGGAUCUGUUGGACGGAUCCUAUCUCUGCGUUGUAUUUGAGGACGACUUCACAGGCGACUCCGUGGACACGGGGAACUGGAAACGCACUUCCCUCUAUGAUCUCAGAUACGCAUGUAUCUCCACCAACACUUCCGCGUGCUCGGUCUCCUCUCCCUCCAACUCCACCUCUUCAACGGCGUAGUAAGGAGAAAUUGGCGCCCCCUACAGAUGUUGAGAAGUCUAGCAUCGAAUACAACACGUGCCAGCUCACGGUAGAUGAGAUUCUUACACCUACUGCGUGUGAUACUUCCUCGACUUCCUCUUCCCAAUUAGAAUGCAAUUCAGCGUCCAACAGCCAUUCUCUGCUUACCCUUUCUGAUAUCGAUGCAUUCGCCGCUCGUAGCGGUAUUGCUGUUCCCCAUUCACCCAUAGACCCCAAUCGACUGUCAACAUACUCGGGCAGUUCUGCCGUCCCUGAAUACAUUACGAAAAAGUUGGACGACGUACCGGUCGCUACCAACAGGGUCUCUUCGACAAGAAUAGGCUCAGUCAUCCUGAAAUCUUCUCCGCACCACGACCGCCCAUGCAUGACCGUUCUGCUAUCAACCCGGCCACUUUCUCUCUGUCGUCUCCAUCUCGUUAUUCGCCAACCUUCCCUCCAAAGAAUGGGUCUCCCUAUAAGCGCACCACCUAGCCAUCGUUUGCCUCCCCCUCCCGUUCCUGUUGAUGUAACCGACGAUGAGGAUGUCGACCCCUUGCGAUUCUCGAACUCUGCACCGUCUUCUACCACGUCUUUCAAGUCCGAAAGAGACGCCGGCAUGGUAAAUCAGCACUAUAUCCCUUGUUCUAGGCCAAGAGAAUGCGAACUCCGGCCUGUGGAAGAUACAGUUCAGAAAUCUUGCACACUAAAAAAGGCAGUCUCUCACCAGUCGCUUUCAAAGAUGGCCUCUUUCAGCGCGACAUCGGUGUCCACCCCGCCGCCUAUGCCAGAGAAGAGACCGCGUAAACCGUGCUCAUUUCAUCAUCCCCGAAUACCGCCGCUGCCCCAGAUGCCUUUCCUACACACACAACAGCUCAACGGAUACAGUGCAGGGUAG